AUGAAUUAUGCAAGAUUAACGAUCACUGCGUCGUGUCCGAUGAACCUGCAGUACUUUCCCAUGGAUCGGCAGCUGUGCAACAUCGAAAUCGAAAGUUUCGGCUACACCAUGAGGGACAUCCGCUACAAGUGGAACGAGGGCCUCAACAGCGUCGGCGUCAGCAACGACGUCAGUCUGCCCCAGUUCAAGGUCCUCGGCCAUCGGCAGCGCGCCAUGGAGAUUAGUCUCACCACCGGUAAUUACUCGCGACUGGCCUGCGAGAUCCAGUUCGUCCGUUCGAUGGGCUACUACCUGAUUCAAAUCUACAUACCCUCGGGUCUGAUCGUCAUAAUCUCGUGGGUGAGCUUUUGGCUAAACCGACAUGCGACCCCCGCUCGGGUCUCCCUCGGAGUAACCACUGUGCUCACCAUGACGACCCUCAUGUCCUCGACCAACGCGGCGCUACCGAAAAUCUCCUACGUCAAGUCCAUCGAUGUCUACCUGGGCACCUGUUUCGUCAUGGUCUUUGCAUCGUUGCUCG